UCUAAUACCAUGCUGCUGUUAAUUUUGCGCCGUCCAUUCAGCGUUUCGCACGAACAUCGGAGAUCGGACGGCAAGGGCACCCUCCCUAGUCUCACGGGAAACACCCGCACAGCUGGCCGCCACUCCACCCGCCGGUCGCCAACGCAGCAGAGAGAACCAAUCAGGAGACAGAGGCGCUCGCUUGCCUCGCCUCCUCCGCCGCAUUCCCUCGCCGGCAGCGACAGCACAAUCCGCUUACCACCGCCGGCAGCGUCUCCCCAACCCGUUGGUCGGUGCCGCUCGAGCCCGUAAGGCCGUGUACCGGCAUCCACACCUGCAUGGCUCUCCGCGCGGCGGCCCCGCCCUGCGCCGCGGGCCACUGCCUCCCCUCCUCCCCGCCGCCUCGCGUCGGCGGCAGGCGCUUCUUCCGACCGCUCGCCUCCGCCGCGCGCGCGCCGCUCCAGAAGUCCGCAGUUUGUACCAAAGCGAUUUCAAACAGUGAUGGCACCCCUGGAACGAGCGAUUCUCCACAUGUGGUCUGUUUUGGGGAAUUACUGAUCGACUUCGUCCCAACUGUUAGUGGCGUGUCAUUGUCAGAUGCACCAGCCUUCAAGAAGGCUCCAGGGGGUGCACCGGCCAAUGUUGCAGUUGGAAUAGCUCGUCUCGGUGGCUCAGCAGCUUUCAUUGGAAAGGUUGGUGAUGAUGAAUUUGGAUACAUGCUAUCUGACAUGCUGAAGGAGAAUAACGUGAACAAUCAAGGAUUGCUAUUUGAUACUCAUGCUAGAACAGCUUUGGCAUUUGUGACACUUCGAAGUGACGGUGAACGUGAAUUCAUGUUUUAUCGUAAUCCAAGUGCAGACAUGCUGCUUGAAGAAAAAGAGCUUGACCUUGACCUUAUCAGGAAGGCAAAAAUCUUCCAUCAUGGAUCAAUAAGUCUGAUAACAGAGCCAUGUAGAACGGCACAUAUUGCAGCUUCCAAAGCUGCUAAAAAUGCUGGGGUACUAAUUUCAUAUGAUCCGAAUUUGAGGCUCCCACUGUGGACAUCAGCUGAUGAUGCUAGAGAUGGUAUCCUGAGCAUAUGGGAUACUGCUGAUCUUAUCAAGGUAAGUGCAGAGGAGAUUUCCUUUUUGACGAAUGGGGAGGAUCCAUAUGAUGAUUCUGUUGUAAAGAAACUUAUCCAUCCAAACACGAAGUUGCUUCUUGUCACUGAAGGUCCAGACGGCUGUAGAUAUUAUUCCAAGGAAUUUAGUGGAAAAGUUGGUGGAUUAAAGGUAAAUGCUGUUGACACCACUGGUGCUGGGGAUGCCUUUGUUGCUGGAAUAUUAUCUCAGCUAGCUCUGGAUUUUUCACUCCUCCAGGAUGAAGCUCGGCUUAGAGAAGCCCUGAAGUUUGCAAAUGUCUGCGGAGCUCUCACUGUGACAGAGAGAGGAGCUAUUCCUGCACUGCCCACCCGACAGCAAGUGGCUGAUGCCCUGACCAAUGUUGUUGCUUAAGUCUGCCAGACAGGUAGUUCUCAUCUUGUUUGUCGUGUAAACUAACGCAACUAGCGUUGGCCUGUCGAGCAUCAUGUUAGAAUAGUUCUAAGCUGGCUGUGUGAUUUGGUUUAACCUGUUUGGUGCCUUUCUGGUGCACCCCAGGCUACCAGCCAACCAAAUAAGAUGCAAGAUGCAAGUUGCGGUCCAUUUUCACUUGUGAAAUUUGUGUUUGGAGCUUCAGAGCUACUACUUGCUGUGUAAUCUUUGUAUAUUUUUACCGCGGUUAUCUGCUGGUGCUGUGAGGAAGUAUAUUUCGGGCUAACCGUGAAAAAAAAAAGAAAUUGGCUAGAAAAGGUUUAUUGUGUGCACUCAGUUUACUAUUUAGGGAAAAUAUGAAUGAGGUACUAUUCAUGAUGA